AUGGAAAUUUCAUCGGUAAACGCUAAGAAAGAAGAAGAACAAGAAGUAAAGAAGAUCAGAUGGGAGAAGCUGAAGAAGGUCGCUUCAAUGUCCGCUCCAAUGGUGGUCGUAAACUUAUCUCAAUACCUUAUUCCGGCCGCUUCUACAAUGAUCGUUGGCCACAAAAGUGAGAUCUCUCUCGCUGGAAUCGCUCUGGCCAGCUCCAUAGCGAACGUAACCGGCUUUGGUCUCCUCUUUGGACUGGCGGGUGCGUUAGAAACACUAUGUGGUCAAGCCUUUGGAGCACGUCAGUACGAGAAGCUCGGUUCCUAUACUUUCACUUCAAUCAUUUCUCUUCUCCUCAUCUGUUUUCCAAUCUCUUUUCUCUGGAUUUUCUCGAAAGAUCUUUUGUUAUUGUUUCACCAAGACCCUAAAAUAUCAGAGAUAGCUUCUGUUUACAGCCUUUGGCUCAUACCAGCUUUAUUCGGUUCCGCCGUUCUUCAAUCUUUGAUUCGCUACUUCCAAACACAAAGCUUGAUUUACCCUAUGGUUCUUUCUUCUUUCUUGGUUCUAUGUUUCCACGUACCGGUUUGUUGGGUAUUGGUUAACACUUUAGGGCUUGGAACCAAAGGUGCAGCUUUAUCUGUUAGCAUUUCCUAUUGGGUCAACGCUGCUUUUCUCUGGUUUUUCAUGAGACAUUCUUCAGUUUGCGAAGGAAAAAGGGUUUUAAUAUCAAUGAAAGCGUUUAGUGACAUGAGGAUUUUUUUCGCCUUAGCAAUUCCUUCUGCUUUGAUGGUUAUUCUUGAAUGGACAGCUUUCGAGAUUAUGAUUCUUAUCUCUGGAGUCUUGCCAAACUCAAAGCUAGAGACAUCUGUGAUUUCCAUGUGCUUGAUAACCUCUUCUCUGCACUACAAUCUGGCAAGUGCGAUUGGUGCUGCUGGAAGCACGAACGUGGCCAAUGAACUAGGAGGUGGAAACCUAGUCGCAGCAAAAGCUUCUGCGUUUGUUUCAAUCAUAAUUGCAGCUGUUGAUGCUUUUGUCAUUGGCUUUGGUCUGUUCAUUUCAAGAAAUGUUUGGGGAUAUGCUUUUAGUGACGAACCUGAAGUCAUUCGUUACGCCACAGAAAUCACACCUAUUCUCUGCAUGUCCAUUGUUGUUGACAGCUUUUCAGCCGCAUUAACCGGAGUUGUGAGAGGAAGUGGUAAACAGAAGAUUGGUGCUUAUGUGAAUAUCGCUGCGUUUUACUUCUUUGGAAUUCCAAUUGGACUUGUCUUGUGCUUCAUUCUUCACCUCAAAGUGAAAGGUCUCUGGAUUGGUAUACUCUCUGGAUGCACUCUGGAUACUCUCAUAUUGUUUCUUAUUACUACAUUCACCGAAUGGAAGACCAAUGAGAUGUUGUGA